AUGAGUUAUAAGAUUUUUGCCAUCCUCCUUGUAAAUUACAUAUGUGCCCUCGUAAGAAUUUCUGCCCCAGGCGGCAUCACAAAAAUCUUUCGAGAGUUCGCCAUUCCCCCCAAUUUCCCGUCUCUAAUUUUCUCUCCGCUAAAGGUAAUCGCAAGCUCCAUCGCCGCCUCCAUUACUGCAUCGCCUCUCUCGCGUCUACUAUCACGUCGACUUCCUCCCCUGCUUGCCGCCGUACGCCAUCGCCACCCCUGUGAGGCUACCGGCAGGAGACCUUUGAUAGCCACAGCUACAUCGUCGCACCCCACCUCAGUAAGUGCAUUAAUGGCGGAUUCAAUAAUUACUUCAGAGACACCAACCAGUUCAUCCCAACUGAAUCCUCCAUCUCGUAUUAUAUGUCGUGUAUGCCAAAAACAGUUUUCCCAAUAUACAUGCCCUCGAUGUAAUACUCGUUAUUGUUCCCUUCCAUGUUACAAGUCACACAGUAUCCGAUGCACAGAAUCAUUUAUGAGAGACAAUGUAAUGGAGGAGAUGAAGCAAAUGGAACCUGCUGAUGAGACUAAACAGAAAAUGCUGGACAUAUUGAGACGUUUUCAUUCAGAGGAAGAAGAUGAUAGCAUGGAAGAUGAUGGGUUGACUGAUGCAUCUUUAUCAGAGGAGACAAUCGAAAAGAUCAUGUCUGGAGUUGAAAUCACUUUCGAUGACUUGUCGGCUGGAGAAAAGAAACAUUUUCAACGAGCCGUGGCUUCAGGACAGCUCAGCAAAAUGAUCGAACCGUGGGACCCAUGGUGGCUAAAACCAUCUGCUAAAACCAUAUCUCUAAGCCCUCAAGGAACCCAACUGGUUCAACCCGUAACACCAAACGAACCAGACCCGGCGGCUCCCUCAGUGCCGCCAGGUCCCACCACCGCACUGCCGCCGGUCAACACCCUUAUCGGGUCAAGUCAACCGUCCCCGCUUUUACCCGUUCACCUUGUGGACAUCUUAUACAGCUACUGUUUCACUCUUCGUGUCUACAACGGGGAGUGGGAAUCAGACGCGGCGGGGUCCACCGUAACGGUUAUGAGUGUAUCGAAUGUGUUAGGUCAAGGCGGUCAACCGGAGACGGUUUCUGAAGCUGUGGCUCAAUGUUUGGAACAAGCUUGUGGGCCCGCUUUCGGACACAUGGGUGGGGCCCAGUUUGGACUUGCGGUUCUUGAUGACGUGGCGAGUGUUUUGGACCUUGGAAGUGAUGGUUUGGUAUGUGCGCUUUGUGAUUUGCAUCGAAUGAUUAAAAAUGGAAUGAAAGAAAUGAAAGGGUGUGAUAUGGAAAUGAAGAGGAAGUUGAAGGGUGGUGAGAGGAAAGUUUAUUUUUUGAUGUGUUGGGUGCAUGAACAAGGGGGAGAGGUUUGGUCUAGUUUGGUAGGGUUGGUAAUGGCUGAGAAGAAUGUGGCUAUGGAGUAUGUGGGUAAUGGGAAGAAGGGUGAUUGGAGAAAGGAAGAGAGGAAGGGGAAGGUUGUGAUUGAAGAGGUCUAGUAAUGCCGUUCAUGUAUUUUCGAGUAUAAUUUUGGUAGUUGGUUUUGUAGAUAGUCAUAGUGGAU